AUUUAUAAAACCUCAAAUCAAACUGUUUCCUUUCAGUUCUCCGGUGAAUAGCGGUUUAUAGUAAUUAAGGUUUCAAAUUAGCUUUAAAAAAAACAAAAAUUUGAUUAUCUGGUGCGGUUUAUAAUUGUUUGCAAUUUGUUUGCUAAUUGUUUGCAAUUUAUUUGAAUUUGAAAAAAAGAAAAGUUAAAACAAUUUUAGGAAAAGCAAAAUCUACAUUGGAGCAGGCUUCAAUUCUCCUUGCAGCAAAAAUAAAAGAAUUUAAUCGAACGCAUGCACAAUACUGGACUGUCAGUUCUAAUUUACCGCUCACCUCACUGACUUCACAGACAACACACUCCAAUUUGUACCCUAUAAAAAAGUGGAGGAAAAAUUAAAUAAUCAGCAAUCAAAUUACCUGAAUGCUAUCUAGAAACUGAUACUUUCAUGAGUAAAACUGGCUUGGAGAAUGCGCGUUGUAACAGUUCGCGCUCUAUCAUUAAUUGCGUGUGGCAUACUUUUAUCAUAUGAGUUUUGGAAAGCUGUAUAUCUAAAAAAAACAAUCGUAUUUCACGAAGAACAAGUAGAAGGAAGAGAAAGUGAAAAUUUUGACGAAUAUUCUUUAGUAGAUGGGGAACCAUUUUUAAAUUUUUUUGAUUCGGUGGAUUCAGAUCAUCCAAGAAGGAAGGGAGAGAGCGAUUUUCAGGAAUAUCUUCUUACAUCAAACAUUCAAGAUAUUGAAAACUCGGCCACACAGCGCAAACGAAAGCGAACCGUCACUCAAGACUGCCAUAAACGUAAGAUAAAAGAGAUAUUUCCCCUAUCAGCAGAUUCAUCCUCAGGAAUAAACUCAUAUGCUUUUAGAAAUAUACUGCUUGUUAUAAAGGUGAGUGAUAAACAUCAACUUCUAUACUGCGUUACUCCGAAGGUUGCAUGUACAAAUUGGAAACGAGUUCUACUUGUUCUUGAUGGCUAUUUUAACAAACCUGAUGAGAUAAAUUCUUCACUUGCACACAAUUUUAGCACGGGAUAUUUUCGCAAACUUAGUGACUAUUCUCCUGAAGAAAUAAGUUUACGUUUAACAACGUAUUAUAAAUUUUUAUUUGUCCGUCAUCCUUACGAAAGACUUGUUUCAACAUUUAGAAAUAAAUUUGUAGAAACGAAAUACAAGACAUUUAAAUUAAUAUAUGGAAAGUAUAUUAUGAGAAAGUAUAGAGAGGUCAAAAAUAUUACAAAUGACAUCCGUUAUAUUGAAGGCGAAGGCCUCAAAUUUGAAGAGUUUAUCAAGUUUAUUAUUGAUUCUCCGCUAGAAGAUGCUGAUUUUUGGAACGAACACUGGGAACGAAUUGAUAGGCUUUGUUUGCCUUGUUUGGUACAAUAUGACUUUGUUGGAAAAUUUGAGUCACUUAAACAAGAUGCAGACUAUCUGUUGAGAACCCUAGAUGUUGCUGAUAAAGUAACUUUUCCAGAAAAACCUGACGUUCACUCUAAUGAAAAUUCAAAUAAACUUAUGAAACAAUUUUUUAAAUCAAUAUCGAAAGAUAUAACAGAUAAACUUUACGAGUUAUUCAAACAUGAUUUUUUAAUGUUUAACUACAAAAAACCUCAAUUUGAUAUAAAUUAAUGCUUAUAAACAAUUAUCUUUAAUAUACCUUUUACCACGUGUGUCGUUGUACCAACGUUAUACCAGCGUUGCUGCGGAGAUAAAGAGCUCCAAAAAGAAAACUUUAAUGUUAAUUUAUUUACCCACUAGACGCUGUUUUUAAAUAGAAACCCAUAAGACACCACCUACAAAUAAUUUUGAAGUAGACACUAGACGCCACUUUACAAUUUGUGAGAAAGUAUUUUUUUUAAAUGUGUCAUUUUUACAAAACCUUUUGCUCGUUUGCUUAUUUAAGAGUUUUUGUGUCUCGUUUAUUUGUAAUCUAUUUUUAGUAACAUUACACACAGAAAUAUAUUAAAAAGGUUGUAA